AACUAAUAAUCUAAACCCCCAUUAGAUUCUCAUCAAUCACACUACCUCUUUCUUUCUUUCUUCUUUCUAGGGUUUCAACAUUCAAAAUCUCACUCACUCUCGCUCACUCUCAUCAUCAUCUUCUUCUUCUUCAACCUCUCAAACUCACACCCAAUGCCCUAACCCUAACCCUAACCAAUCACACCUUCUUCUACACCAAUGGACCGAUCAAGAUCCAAACGAUACUACUACGACCACCAAGACUACGACCCAAUCGACACCAUUCGCACCACCAAACCCCGCUACACCACCACCACAAACCACCACUACCCCCGCCGGAACAGCUUCUCCAAUGCUGCGGGACCCCGGAAAGUACAGGACCCAUCAUCUCUCAUGGUAACAACAAGUUACAGGAUCCUAUGCCCCGAUGCGAAAGCCGGAGGUGUAAUCGGCAAGUCUGGAAGCAUAAUCAAGGCCAUUAGACAACACACAGGUGCUUGGAUCAAUGUUCAUGAAUUGGUUCCAGGUGAUGAGGAGAGAAUUAUUGAGGUUUCGGAUACGCGGCGGAGGGAUCCGGAUGGCCGAAUGCCCAACUUUUCGCCUGCGCAAGAGGCCUUGUUGUUGAUACAUGAGAGGAUAUUGAAGAGUGAAGGAGGGGGGUAUAAUUUGGGAUAUGGGGGUGAUGAUGAUGAUGUGUAUGGGGGUAGGGGUGGGGGUGGGGGUGUAGUGAAUAAUAGGUUGGUGUCUAGAUUGGUGGUGUCUAGGUUGCAUGUGGGGAGUUUGCUUGGGAAAGGGGGGAAGAUUAUUGAGCAGAUGAGGAUGGAGACUAAGACUCAUAUUAGGAUAUUGCCGAGAGAUCAUACGAUACCGCGGUGUGUCGACAUGUCGGAGGAGAUUGUUCAGGUUGUUGGUGACAUAAACUCGGUGAAGAACGCAAUGGAUAUUAUAUCUUCACGAUUGAGGGAAAGUCAACAUCGGGACCGCAGUCAUUUAUUCAAUAAGCUACAAUCAUCCGAUAAGUUCUUUCCUCCUGAAGACGACUUCAUGUAUCACCAAAACAAUAUAAUCCAUCGACCAUCAAUGGAUGGGCCUAACUACAGGUCCCGCUUACCUGACGGUUUAAACAAUUCAAGAAGCUUUAAUCAUGGGUCGCGUCCAUCUAGUUAUGAUGAUAUCGGAGCUAGUCCUUUGCCUGACAACGCUCAGUCGUUAUAUGCCGAAGAUCUUGUAUUUAGAAUACUUUGCCCAAGUAACAAGGUUGAUAGCGUUAUUGGGCAAUCGGAUGGCUUUAUGGAACUGCUUCAGAAUGAAAUCGGUGUAGACGUUAGGGUUGCUGAUCGUGUGGCUGGGUCGGAUGAACAAGUAAUCACCGUUUUUUCAGAUGAGGGCCCUGAUGACGAUCUCUUUCCUGCUCAAGAGGCUCUUUUGCAUAUUCAGACUCGAAUUCUGGAUCUCGUUCCCGACAAAGAAAAUAUCGUAACUACUCGGCUUUUACUGUCUGCUGGUGAAGCUGCGUGUUUGGAUGGUAGAGAUGGAUUCUUAGCCGACACCAAGAAAAUGACCGGUGCGGAUAUUCAGAUUCUACCCAGAGAAAAUCUUCCACGGUUUGUAUCAGUUAACGAUGAACUUGUACAGAUUGUUGGAGAGAUUAAGGCUGCUAGAGAAGCACUUGUGGAGGUGACGUUGAGAUUACGAAAUUAUUUAUAUCAAGGGUUUAGUCAAAAGGAUGGUCAACCCAGCCCCUUUCUUGCACCGAGCCCUGUAGGGAGUGCUUCAAAUAUGGAAGCAGCUUCUAGUAAUAUUACAACUUCUCGGGAAACUUACACUGGAAAUGAUAAACCCUCUGCUGCAUCUAAUGAUACCACCGCAGCACCAGCUCCAGCUAAGAAUAACGCUGGAUCUAACAGUGAACCUGUAAAUCUAACUGAAAGUGGGACUCGUGAAGAUGCACCAAGUUCCAUGAACAGGAUCGUCAUGCCAAUGGUUACUAGGAGUACACUUGAAGUUGUCAUACCAGAAUAUGCAGUACCCAAGCUCAUAACAAAAUCUAGAAAUAAGCUUGCUCAGAUUAGCGAACUUUCGGGAGCGAAUGUUCAACUGGUUGAUACAAGCCCAGAAGCAACAGAGCAUGUUAUUAAAAUUUCUGGUACCCGAGAGCAAGCGGAAAGAGCCCAGAGCUUGCUUCAAGGAUUUAUUUUGAGCAUACAAGAUGAUGGCCCUUAGAAUUACCAAAUUAGGCACAUCAGAUAUCCAGUUACAAAAGAGCAGCAUUACCAUUACCAUAGUUGUAAUCUUUAAGUUAUUUUGUAACAUUUCUGGAUGAUUAUGGGAUGGUAUUAGGUGUUUACAUACAUUGUUUGUUGUGUUUAUGCUUUUUAAAAUAGAUUCUUUUUGACACAUAAUAAACCAAUAAAUGGUUUAUAUAGUGAGGGGUGAUUACAUAUACCCUUACAAAGCUCA